AUGGCAUCUUUACAUAUCAAAUCCAAAUUUGAUUCAGAAUUUCGACGUUUUUCACUUCCAAUAAAUACAGAAAAUUUUAUGAGUUAUUUAGAAUUUCGUGGUUUUAUUGAAACAAUUCAUUCAUUACACAACAUUCCUUUUACACUUUCAUAUACAAGUUAUUCUGGUGAUUUACUUCCAAUUACUAAUAAUGAUAAUUUUCGAAAAUCACUUGAAUCAUCCCGUCCAUAUCUUCAAUUAUUGAUACAACGAAAAGGGGAGUCUUGGGAAGAAAAGUACGGUUAUGGGACGGAAUCUGCAGAUAAACGGCGUCGUGGAUUGGCAUCUGUGCUUAUUCCUUCAAAUGCUGGAAGAGACAAACGAAAUUAUAAUAUUUCUAAUCCUGAAGAUUUUCGACAGGUUGCUCAAGUUAUUGAUGUAGAUAUUGUGCCUGUAACUCAUCGUCGAGUACGUUUAUGUAAAUAUGGAAGUAAUGACCGUUCUUUGGGUUUUUACAUUCGUGACGGUACUUCACUCCGAAUGACUUCACAAGGACCAAUUAAAUGUGAUGGAAUAUUUAUUUCACGAUUAUUGGAUGGUGGACUUGCAAGCUCAACUGGUCUUUUAGGUGUUGGUGAUGAAGUUGUUGAAGUUAAUGGAAUUGAGGUUCACGGAAAGACUUUAGAUCAAGUUGCCGAUAUGAUGGUAGCAAAUGCACAUAAUUUAAUUAUAACUAUUAAACCAGCAAAUCAACGAAAUUCUUUACAAAGGACAGGCAAGAAUAGAAAUUCUGGUUAUCAGGAUGAAACCCAAAACCUUUCUGCUUUUACAAAUGAUAAAAUGCCAAUAACAAAUGGGAGCGGUGGAAGAGUAUAUCCAGCAAAUCAACAAAUAACACAAAUACAAACAUCUAAUAACAAUAAUAUCAAACAUUUUCAAUCACAAAAUGAAAGGCAAAAACAACAACAAUUAUAUGAAGAAGAUAACGAUGAUGAUGAGGGAGAAGAGGAGGAAGAAGACGAAAUUGUUGAUCAUACAAAAACAGCAUUAAAAAUUCGUUAA